AUGGCUUCUAUACAGUAUACACAGCUCUCCGGUCCGGUCGGGGACAUGUACGACGGAGGCGGAAUCUCCCACGCUGCCAUCAUUCCUGCUUCCGCCAAGCGAGUUAUUACUUCUGGCGAGGGCGGUCUAGACCAAGAAACGGGAAAGCUCGUCACUUCAUCGGUCGAGGACCAGGUCCGCGCUGCGUUCAAGCUGGUGGAUAGGAUCUUGAAAGACGCCGGCGUGACACGGGGAGUUGAGGGCGUGUACAAAUGGACAGCGCUUGUUCUAGACAUGAAGAACGAGGCAGUGUUGAUGAAGGUAUUCAACGAACUUUGUCCAAACACGAAGCCGACUUUCAUGACGUUUGCCGUUGCCGGUCUGGCGUUGGAGGGCAUGGAAGUCGAGUUGCAGGCUGAAGCACUCAUUUACUGA